AUGGCCGCCGUCGAGGUUACCUACUCCCUCCCCAAGGAUGUGAACGAGAAGAAGUUCGUGGUCAACGCCGGCGCCGAGUUCCGCAUCACCACCCAGGGCAAGGAUGGCCGCGGAGGCAGCGUCUCGCGGAACUCCAGGGACCCGGCCCUCCGACCGGCGUACUACUACACCAACGCGCCGUGGAAGCUGCUCUGGAGCGACACGAAGCUGUUCCUCGCGAACAUCCUCUUCCUGCCCUGCAUCGUUUUCCCCCUCUGGUCCCAGCCCCCGGCCCGGUCCUUUCACCUCGGGGUCGACAACCGGUUCAGGGAGCAGCCUCGCUUCCUCGUCAGCCAGCUCCACCGCCAGUUCCAGGCGUGGGCGCAGACGUACUUCCACUCGGGUCCCAUGGACGAGCUCUACCCGUCCUGGAACAACAUCUACGACAUCACCUUCCACAUGAUCCUUAUCGUGACCCAGUCGUCGUUUCUCUUGUCGCUUCCCUUCCUCUCCGUCUUCUCCUUCAACCUCUUCGUGGCGUACGUCGGCGCCUUCGUCGCCGUCAACUAUGCCGCGUGCUUUGCGCUCAACGGCUGGAUGCCUGACGGAUACAUCAUGUCCAAGCAGUUCCCGGCCACGGCACAGUGGAGAGAAGACCACGCCGAGGAGGAGUGGAUCUUCCUGAACGGCGUCGCCGUCGGGAAAAACUGGUUGCAGAGCAACAUCGACCGCCUUUCGCUCACUUUCCAUCGUGAAAUCAAGGGCGUGCACAACCAGACCGCCGGAAUCAUCUUCGAUGUCAUCCAGUGCCUCCUCGAACGCUGCCUGUACUUUGGCACCGCGGAUACUAGGAUCUGCUUCUCCCACAUCUCGGACGCCCUCCUCAACCCCGAGAAGAAGAAGGUUGUCCUCAUCCUCCACUCGCAGGGCGGCCUCGAGGGCAGCAUCAUCCUCGACUGGCUCAUCAACCAGCACCCGCGCGAGGUGCUGCAGAAGCUCGAGAUCUACACGUUCGGCAACGCCGCGAACCACUUCAACAACCCGCGCGUCAAGAAGGAGCACGCGGUGCCCCGGCCCAAGGACCGCGCCAUCCGCCACAUCGAGCACUACGCCAACUCCAAGGACUUCGUCUCGCGCUGGGGCGUCCUCCACUUCAAGAAGCAGACGGCCAAGAAGAACGGCCGCUUCCUAGGGCUCGGCGAGAUCACGGCGCUCAUCGCCCGCGGCACCGAGACUAUCAAGGCCGUGACGCGGCCGGCGGUCAAGCAGGCCGACAAGCUCGACUCGGAGUGGAACGCCUACGAGGGCGCGCUGAUCGAGCGCAACGGCUCGGGCCACCAGUUCAACCAGCACUACCUUGACAACAUGUUCCCGCUCGACGACAGCCUCAGCAGGGUGCAGACCAACGGGGACGGCUCGCCGCUCCCGGGGACCUUCAUGGCGUCGCUGACCAAGGUCCGCAACGACCCGUGGAAGAUUGACGAGCAGCGUAAGCUCACCAACGGGACGGAAGGCACCGCCCACCACAACAGCGCGGACGGCGGUGACUUUGAGGAGAAGAGGGUGUACGAGGUCAGCCGUCUCUGGAAGUACGUCAACGGCUACAGCCCGGUGGACAAGAAGUGA